CCACACUGUGAACACACCCACACAUGCAUACCACCAGCCUGCUGCAUGACAGACAAAAGAUUUCUGCUUUUGAAACUGCUUGUUGCACACAGACCACGACAAAGAUGGAGUUUGCUUGCAGUCAUAUUGUGUGUAACUGGGGACCAGAUGGAGCAGAUGUUUCUCAGCUUGCACCCGACUAUGAGAACAAAGCAAGUUUAGGAUGGCAAAUGGAUAUGUUUCCUCCACCUCUACCUCCUCGUCGCUUCAGAAAACCUCGACCCACCUCCCUUCCUAAUCCUUCCUCGCUCGCCUCUCAGCUUCCAGUCACUCCUUUAUCCCUUCCUCCCCCUGUUCCUCCCAGACUUGAUUUGCAGGAAGGAGGAAACAACUUUAAAGUAAACAUCAAUGUCGUCUCCCUCAGGGUUGGAAGGCUGGUCGACAUCAGUCAAGAUGCAGGUCUGGAGACCUUCCAGAGCCCAGUGAUUUGUGGGAAAUGUAGUGCUGCUCUGUCAUGCCUCAGCUCAGUUUGGAAGAGGCUGUGGGUGUGCGAGUUCUGUGGAUUUGAGAACGGUGUCGACGGAAGCUUGGCCCAAGUGUGCAUCGGGCAGCGUGCAGGUGUGCGCAGUGACGACCUUUACCUGCCAGGGAAGAGAGAAGACGACUACCAGAACCUGGAGGAUACAAUGGUUGUUUUCUGUGUGGACAUUUCUGGCAGCAUGACUGUCACAACAGAGGUGACAACAGAAAGCGGUUCUACAGUGCACAUAUCCAGAUUAGAGGGAAUCCAGGAUGCUCUCCAGAGAACGCUUGCAUUUAUGCUUCAGCAGUCGCCUCACAGGAGGGUGGCCCUCGUCACCUUUAAUGAUGAGGUUGUCAUAUAUGGAGAUGGAACUCGCACUCCGCUCACCAUGAGGGACUGGGCUUUAGUUGACUAUGAACACAUCUGGAAACAGGCUCUGGGUUACAGAGUCCCUCACUGCAUCGCUGAGACGUACCAACAUCUCACCAACAGAGUCAAAGAGCUUGGAGAGCAUGGAGCUACGGCUCUUGGCCCAGCAACAUUGGCUUCUGUAGCUUUGGCAUCUAAAUACCCGGGCUCCAAGGUCAUUUUGUGCACUGAUGGCAGAGCCAACAUUGGACUUGGUGACAUGGAGCAAGGCAAUUCUACAGACUCUAAAUAUUUCUAUAGAGAGCUUGCUCUGCAGGCAGUAGAGAAAGGAGUCAUAAUCUCAGUGAUGUCCUUCAAAGGGACGGAUUGCUGCCUGGCAGACAUUGGGAGACUGGCUGACUUAACUGGAGGAAGGGUUAACAUUGUUAGCAUUGGAACCAUGGCAACAGAGAUCCAGUCCAUCUCUGAAGACAAUGUCUUGGCAACAAGUGCUACGGCAACCCUGCUUGCUCCUGAUGGAGUAUACUUCCCAUUUGAGGAUGAGGACAAUCAUAAACUGGUGAAAGAGAUUGGAAACGUAACAAAGGGAAUGGAAAUCACCUUUGAGUUCGCUGUGAAACCAGAUUAUAUGGAAUUUUGCCUUGAGAGGAACACACUUCCAUUCCAGCUGCAUCUCAGCUUCAAGACUAGAGACCAACAAAAAGUAACUCGCAUCAUUACUGAACAGCGGCCAGUAACCACCAGCAGUCAGAUUCUUCUGGGAAGGCUCAACGUGGCAGUGCUAGCUGUUCACUGCGCUCAGCUCUGUGCAAGCUUAACCAUGGACGGCCGAGUGAAAGAAGCACAGAGGCAUCUUGCAGCUCAGCAAGACCUGCUGAGGCACAUCAGUAAGUUGAGGCCCAUUCAAAAGGAAGAGAGUAUCUAUGGCAACUGGAUGGAAACCAUGACAACAAUUUGUGACGACAUUAAAACAGAAUCUCAGAUUUUGUCUGACGAGGCAGCUGAGGUGGUUUACCAACUGAAGAGAGCCAGCAGCAUCAACAGCAACAACACAGCAGCUGCCCAGAAAAAGCCUUUAGUGGGGGAAAAAUGUAUGGCAUCAAUGUAAAAAAAAAAA